GUGAAAAGAUCUUUCCCCUAUUUUUUUUUUGUUUAGAUUUUUAGAUAAGCAGCACACGGGUUACAAACAAUCAGAACAACACCACAAUUUGAAACGUUUGGUGUAUACGAUCACCUGCUUGUUCGGAAAGAUUCUACUUCAUUGAUACCGUUAGUCUGGUUUUAUUAUAAAUACGGUCCUAUCGCCAUUGCCCAACGUAAGUCAGUUUCUUCAGAUUGUGCCUGAGCUCAUCAUCCAUCAUCGCAUUCCGCACAACUCAUUCCCAGAUAGCUAAACAUAUAAUAUCAUGGUGAAUUAUCAUCUUGUUGUGUUAACCCAUGGAUUAUGGGGUCAACCUUGGCAUAUGGAAUAUCUUGAAUCUCAAAUCAAUCAAAAUGUCAAACCUACUAGUCCAAAUGAAGAAAUCAUUGUAUAUAAGACUGGAUCACAUACUGGUUAUUUAACUUAUGAUGGGAUUGAUAUUAAUGGGAAACGUAUUAGUGAUGAGAUCAUAGCUCAAACCGAAUUGCUAUCAUCGAAUUCUAGACUUGAUAAAGUCACUAAGUUCUCUAUUGUUGGUUACUCAUUAGGAGGAUUAAUUUCUAGAUAUGCCAUUGGGGUUUUAUUUUCCCAAAAUUAUUUCCAAGAUAUUGAACCAAUCAACUUCAUCACAUUCUGUUCACCUCAUGUUGGAGUGCUAAAUCCAAUGAAUUAUACUAUUGCUGCUAAAUUAUUCAACAACUUUGCUUAUCAAUUUUUAGCUUAUUCUGGAUCUCAAUUGUUUUUAAAGGAUAGAAUUGAAAAUCAAAAUACUCCAUUAUUAGUAUGGAUGGCUGAUCCUAAUUCAUACUUUUUUCAAAGUUUGAAGCAAUUUAAACAUAGAUCACUUUAUUCAAAUUUGGUUAAUGAUAAAAGAACUUGUUGGUUCACCUCUGGUAUAGAAAGUUCUGAUCCAUUUAAUUCAAUGGUUAAUGAACUGGCGUUGAAUUUAUCAGUUGGUUUCGUUAAGAAUUAUGAACCAGUUAUAGUAGAUCUUAAUCAACCACAUAAAUAUAUUGGGAUUACUAAAACCACUUAUGUUCAGCCUCAUGCCAGUACCACUAGAUUUAUAAGAAGUUUAAAUUGGCUUAGAGUGUUUGGAACCGUUAUUAUUUAUUUACCAAUUUGGUUCUUAGUCUUUCUGAUUGGUUCUAUAUUUCAAAGAUUGAGAUUGAAUAGAAGAGUUAAAUUAUACUUUCGUGAUGCAUCUAAUAAUCUCAUGCAUUUAUAUGAAAUGAUCCAAGAUCCAUUUGAAGAUCCAAUUGUACCAGAUGGUAAAAAUAUAGAUGGAGAAGAUGAUAACCAAUCUGAUUACUUUGAUAGUUUCAAAAGAGAUAUUACUAAUAAAGUUAGAGAUCAACAAGAUGAAUUUGUGGAAUCCGUGUUUGACGUUAUGAACAAUAAUAAUAUAUCUGAACAAGAAUUAGAUGAAAAGAUUGAAAAUGUUGGUAAUGUGGCCAAAUUAAAUUUCAAUUCUGAUCAAUUAUACAUUAUCAAUCUGUUGAAUACUUUAGAAUGGAGUAAGUUUCCUCUUUUGAUCCGUAAUACCAAACACGCUCAUGCCGCUGCUAUUUACAGAUUUAAUGAUAAGAACUUUGGUGAAGGUAAACUUGUUGUAAGUCAUUUUGUUAAUGAGACUUUUAAACUAGAGUAGAUACUACAAGUUUUUAUAAUAUGAUACUUUUUUAAUUGGCUUUUUAAGCUAGGAUAUAAUAUACAAUUUAUUUAUUAAGUAAAAAUUAUCAAAACAAAUUGCAAAAAUGCUCGAAGAAGUUGCCCUCAACCACAAAAAAUAUACUACGGAUUUAUAAACAUAUUAUGAUAAUUGUUUUGUUUUUAUUUUUUUAAAAAAGUUUUAUUUGUUUCGUUUUCAGAGAU